AUGAAGUCUUCGAAUACCUCAGCAUCGUCUCCUGCACCUUCAAGUCCCAAAUAUAUUAACAAGAAUGGCGCUGGGUUUUUUCAUGUCGAAGAAACCAAGUUUAAGGGAUUAGGUACGAUCGAAAAGGAUUUCUUUUUCUCUGGUACUGACAAUGGUAUCUGCAAUCUUUCCGGUACGAUGCCCUUUGAUUUGGAUCGAUUAUCAUUUCAUCUAAAGCUAUACACUAAAUAUGCUACUUUGCAAAACGAAGAAGAUGAUGACGAUAUUGAUGCUUCCAUGUUAACAUUACCUUUACCUAGUAUCUUAAAAUCAAGUUAAG